AUGAGCUACCCAAUACAGGGAUCAUCGUCUCAGCCUUACGGCGCCUACUCCUUCAACACGCCCGUAAAGCAGCGAAAAAGGCGACAGCUCGCUCCACCCUUGCAGCACAGACAGACCGAGCAGCAACAGGACAAACGCCAGCCACAACCACAAUCGACUCAACUUACAUCCCGAGAGAAUGUGGCCGACGCUUACACCUGGAAUGCGGCUGCCAAAACGGCCAAAACCAAGUUGAACGAGUCGCCGCUCAAAGGUGCCGCUCCUGGUGCAGCGCAGCUCGAUGCUCCUUCCUCUUGGCUCAAAGGUCGAAAGUACGCUGUUCUCAUCGAUGCUGGCUCUUCGGGCUCCCGCAUGCAGGUCUACUCGUGGAAGGAUCCUAAGCUCGAGCGUGCGCAGCGAGCCAGCAAGGGUCUCGGUGCCAAACUUCUCCCCAAGGUCGAAAAGGGCACGUGGGAAAACUCGGGCGUAGACUGGAGCCUCAAAGUAGAACCUGGCAUUUCCUCGUACGGCGACCAUCCAGCCGAUGUUGGCGACCACCUCAAAGGGCUGCUCGACCAUGCCGAAAAGAUCGUUCCUCCCUCUGCCUGGGCCGAGACGCCGAUCUAUAUCAUGGCGACAGCAGGCAUGCGAUUGCUUCCCAAGUCGCAGCGCGAAGCAGUGCUUGACGAGACAUGCCGCUACAUUCGCCAACACACCAGCUUUAGCCUCGACGGCGCAGGGUGCAGCGAACACGUUCAGGUCAUCAGCGGUGAAGAAGAAGGCUUGCUCGGAUGGAUCUCGGUCAACUAUCUCAUGGAUGGCUUCCACAUUCGCGGCAAGAAGGCUUCUCUGGACGGCGAGACUGACAUUAUGGAAGGCCAGUCUACUUUUGGUUUCCUCGACAUGGGAGGUGCUAGCACCCAGAUCGCGUUUGAGCCAAGCAAGAAGGCGCUUCAGGGCGAAGGCGCGGCUGCCGAGGCUGACCUCACGACCGUGCAGCUGCGUAUGCUUGACGGCACCGAGGUCUCGCACAAGGUUUUUGUCACCACCUUCCUCGGAUACGGCACCAACCAGGCCAGACAACGCUACAUCGACUUGCUACGCUCCGAUGCGGCCAACGCGCAGGAGCCUUCACAGCCUCUGACAGACCCUUGUCUUCCCAACGGACUACAGCUCGCCCAUGUUGACGGCAAGCCAGACGUCUCGCUGACGGGGGCAGGCAACUUUACCGCAUGUCUCGAGUCCAUGCAUCCGCUCUUAGACAAAGAAGCCGUCUGCGACAAGCCUCCUUGCCUUUUCCAUGGCGUCCACGUCCCCAAAAUCGACUUUAGCGUGAACCACUUUAUCGGCGUUUCGGAGUAUUGGUUCAGCUCGCAGGACGUCUUCGGUCUAGGUGGUGUUUACGACUUUGUUGACUUCCAAAAGAAGGCUAACGAAUUUUGCGCCAAGCCUUGGGCUGAGCUCAAGCAGCAUCUCGAUGCUGAAGAUCUUUUCGGACCCGAAGUCCAGCUCAGCCGUUUGCAGACGCAGUGCUUCAAGGCUGCUUGGAUGGUCACCGUGCUUCACGAGGGUAUCGGCAUUCCAAGGAUCGUCGAUCACAAAGGUACAGGCGAUGGCACCGAUCACGCCGACGAGGCGCAGGACAAGGGCGAGCAGAAGAACCUCUUUCAGAGUGUCAACGAUAUCAAUGGCUUCUCUGUCAGCUGGACGUUGGGAAAGGCGGUUCUUGAGGCCAGCCGGGAAAUUCCUCCGGCGCCCGGAUCGCUUCUUUCUCCGUUCGAUGAACUUAACAAGCACAACUCGAAGCUUGGCAAAUGGGAUCCUUUCCGCUCGACGUGGCCCACCACAGGCGAGAAUUCUGCGUUCCCUCCCACAUUGGGAAGAGCAAGCCGGCAUGUUAGCCCGAUCUCGAUGAUUGUCAUGGUGUCGGUUUUCCUCUUUCUGCUUGUCACUUGCGUCUGCACGCGUGGUCGCGGACCGCGAGCUACGAGAAGACGCGCAGCUAUUAAGGACAUGCUUCCACCUCCUGUCGGUACGUUGGGCGGGUUUUGCAGCUCCAAGCGCACCGGCCGAGGAGACUAUAUCCUUGCCAGCAUGGAGGAGGCAGCUGGCGAUGCUUCGAAGCGCGGUUUCUGGUCCAAACUCGGCAAACGGGCGGACGUUAAGGACUACAGCCCGACCAUGGAAGCCGAGUUUGGCUUCAGUUCCGAAGGCAGCUCGGAAGAGAGCAGCAGCGGCUCCAGCGGAUCGACAGGCAGAGGCUCGCAGACGUCUUCGCGCAGACGCGGCGGCACGGGUGUUUUGCGUGUUCUGGGCUGGCCGGUCCGUGGUGUGGCGCUUGCAAUGAGCUCGACAUUCCCAUCUCUGUUUCCGCGGCGUACGACACGGUUCAAAAAGCGUCACUCAAACCUGCCCUUGAGCCGAGACGGCAGUGGCACCGACGGUAUGCUCGGGCAUGGUGCUCGCAUCGCAGCUAGGCGAGGAGGGACGACUCCUACCAUGGUGCGAGUAUCGCGACCGGCUUCGCCCACUUUCACUGGCAUUACCACGGGAACUGCCAUCUCACGACCAGCAUCACGCACUUCCAGUCGGGCGCCUACGCCCGUAUUGGGACAUCGUCUCACUUCAGCGACGCUAUCGACUCGAUCUGGGCUCACCACACCUGGCGGCAGCACCUCGAGCAGUGCUCUACCUGCCAGUGGGCCUGGCUCGCCUCUUGGCGAGCGUCACACACAGAGCCGUUCUGGUCCAGGUUCUGGUCCAGGCUCUGGUCCUGGCCUGUUCGCUGCCUCGAUGAGUCGCGUGCACUCGGUUGCAGACAUGUCGACCAUCGAAUCUGGCUUGCUGGCACCUACAAUACGCACUCCAUCACGUCAAGGCUCGCCAGCACCCCACCUCAGCCCGAUGUCUGAGCUUGGCAGUGAAGACGGUCCGCGUCACGCAUAG